CAGUGGAUUAUAAAAAUUAAGCGUGAUGUCGGCCGGUCCUUCAAGAUAACCAACAGUACAAGAGUUUGCUCUGAUCAUUUUAAACCCACAGAUAUAAAAAAAACGCUAACAGGAAAAAGUGUACUCGUUAAUGGUGCUGUACCAUCCGUUUUUGAAUGGACAACUUUAUCAAAGAAACGAAAGUCACCAACGAAACGCGAAUGCACAACACGUACUAACACAACCGAGAUUGAUGUCGUGGAUAAUAUACAGCCAAUCUCCUCUACAGUCGAAAUUGGGCCCAUCGAAGAUUCAAGCGUAGACGAAAAUGUCAUCGAUACUAGCAGCCACAUGGAGGACUCCACCGUAACUACUGACACCACAAUCAUAACACCUACUGUCAACCUACAUGAUUAUUUAUUUACUGAACCCGAAAAGCCUGUAGAAGAGCUACUUGAGGCAGCGCAAGCUCGUAUCGAACAAUUAGAACAGCUGCUUUCAAAACAAUCUUUUUACAGACAACUGAAAGGGAUGUCAGACAAACGCGUUAGAUUCCAUACUGGCUUUUCGUCAUUUGCUAUUUUUGUGAGUACCUUCAAUGCCCUUAGACCCACAGCUGAAA